CUUAGUGCGCGCAGUGCGUAUUGCUUUGUGCGGAACGGUGCGCGCGGGUGUCAUCGUGCCCCCGUCGCCCCGGCCUCAACCAAGCGUUCGCGGUGGCCUCCACGUCGACUUCGCCCUGGCCGCGCGCCGCCGCCGCGUGGCAGAACGAUGCGGCCGCCGACAUGCGGCCCGCGGCGUGCCCGUGCCAGCUAUGUUCGAGCGGCGUCACAGCCGCCGACCAUCACCGCCAGCAGCAGGCCAGCCCGGCCGCGCUGGUAUCGUUGGAGCGCGAGUACGCGGCCGCCUUCCCGUACGGCGGCCCGCCGCCGCACCAACCAGCCAUGGAGGACCUCAAGCCCGUGGUGUCGUCGAGCCCUCCGCAACAGGUGGGAGGACACACGACCCUCCAGGGAGGUCAACACCACCACCAGCAGCAGCCGCACCCGGGCCACGCGGCUGGCGGACACGGCGGCCACGGCGGCGGCAGUGCCUCCAAAAAGGACCUGGACCGCGUGAAGCGGCCCAUGAACGCCUUCAUGGUCUGGUCGCGUGGUCAGCGACGGAAGAUGGCGCAGGAGAACCCCAAGAUGCACAACUCGGAGAUCUCCAAGCGGCUGGGCGCCGAGUGGAAGUUGCUCUCGGAGGCCGAGAAGCGACCUUUCAUCGACGAGGCCAAGCGGCUGCGCGCGGUGCACAUGAAGGAGCACCCGGACUACAAGUACAGGCCCCGACGAAAGACGAAGACGCUGCUCAAGAAGGACAAGUACCCGUUGGCCGGUGGCUUGCUCUCGGCCGCCGACGCCGCUGCCGCCGCCGUGCGGCCCGCCAGCGCUCCCCAGGUGCCGCGCGACAUGUACUCCAUGAACGGCUACAUGCCCAACGGCUACGGCCACAGCACUGCGGCGGCCAUGAUGCACGAAGCGUACCAGGGCUACAGCUCGCAAGUCCCCUAUCCACGUUACGACCCGCAGCUGCCCUACAUGAACGGCUCGUACGGCUCACCGAGCCCGUACGCCUCGGUGCCCCAGAUGCAGCUCAAGUCAGGCGGCGCCGAGUCCAGUCCCACGCCGCCCCAGGGCUCGCCCGGAAACCCUCGCGGUCGCAGCGGCUGCACGCCCGACCUGCGCGACAUGAUCUCCAUGUACCUGCCGCAAGGGGGCGAAGCGACGGACCACAGGCUCGCCAUGCAGCACUACCAGCAGCAGCAGCAGCUCCAACAGCAGCAGCAAGAACUGCAGUAGCGCACCGACGACCAGCCCGGUGAGUGCGGCCGACGUGUGACCACUGACUCUGUUCGCCCAUGGCAGACAACUGUACAUACACAGAUCUCGCAGGCAGAGUAAAAACGCGCGCGCGGAAAAACGUGAGAGACAGCAGUGGUUUCUUCGAGUGUGUUCAUUUCUUUCGUUCCAUUCCCGGUAGAGCAGGCACCAAAUGCACGCCCGAAGGUAUCUCUCACGUUUUGCUCAGCUGUAUAGCCAUGCUGCUGCUUCUUGAAGACCUCACGCGCGAUGUGGUUCGGUUGUGCGCCCGCAGAACAACUCGGCGCGCUUGUGCGGGUGUGGUGUGCGUGAGUGAUUUACGCGUGCAGACUGAUUGCGGAGGAAACAAAGAGGGCAGAAGACACGAUCGCGAACACAGCGCGGACACAGACUGCCCACUCGUUCAUCUGCAAUGCGCGCGUGAAAUCCUAGCCGAGUCUCUGUCU